AUGGAUCCUAAACAGGACAAGCUGGUGCAGGAGAUGAGUAAUGAACAGAGUGUUGGGACUGGAGGAAGACUGGCCGAUAUGGGAUGGGAUAAUGGUCUGGUGCGUAUGCCUAAUUGGUCGACAAUGGACAUGCUAAUGAAGCACCGAGUGCACCCCAUGUCAAUAAUUGCCUCUACCUCCCCUUCUACCCCUGUCUCGGGCACUGAUGACAAUCUAGAGCACUGGCAUAGCAAAGCCUGUAAAUGUGAUUGUCAAAAAAAUCCAAACUCAGUGUGGCCCACUGAAACAAACAGUCUAGAUUGCAUGCCAGAGUGCCCCUAUCAUAAGCCUCUUGGUUUUGAAUCAGCAGCUGUCACUCCAGAUCAGAUAAGCUGUUCCAAUCCAGAGCAAUACACUGGGUGGUAUGCUUCAUGGAUGGCAAACAAGGCCCGACUUAACGGACAAGGAUUUGGGUGUGCCUGGCUCUCCAAAUACCAAGAUACAAACCAAUGGCUGCAGAUUGACUUGAAGGAAAUUAAAGUCAUUUCAGGAAUAAUUACACAGGGAAGAUGUGAUGCUGAUGAAUGGAUGACAAAAUAUAGUGUGCAAUACAGGACUGAUGAGAAUCUGAACUGGGUUUAUUACAAGGACCAAACAGGAAACAAUCGGAUUUUCUAUGGAAAUUCAGACAGAUCAUCAUCUGUGCAGAACCUUUUGCGCCCACCCAUUGUUUCUCGUUACCUAAGGUUGAUACCUCUUGGCUGGCAUGUGCGAAUUGCUAUCAGGAUGGAGCUGCUGGAGUGCAUGAAUAAAUGUGUUUAA